AUGAGCACUUCGAGAGCGCUGCGGGAAAUGGGCCUAGUGCUCUCGUGCUUUGCUCGCUUUGGGGGUGUCGCCUUCUGCUUCAUGCAAGUGGCCGAUACAAUCAAGUGCGUGGGUCCAUCGAUGCUGCCAACGCUCAAUCGUGACGGAGAUAUCGUAUUACUGGACAAAUUCACACCCAGAAUCUGGAAGCUGCAGCCAGGCGAAGUAAUUAUCGCUAAAUCAGUGUCCAAUCCACGCCAGUCCGUCUGUAAGCGGAUCAUUGCCCAAGAGGGAGAUACUGUAUGCGUGCAGCCCCGAUAUUCGUCGUCUGAGGUGGAAUUUCACAAGGAAAGACGGUCAAACGUUCCAAAGGGUCACGUUUGGUUAGAAGGAGACAACAAAUACGACUCGCACGAUUCUCGAUACUAUGGACCAGUGCCGUGCGCACUUGUGCAAGGACGAGUAGUCAUGAGAAUUUGGCCGAUAAACCAGCUCAAGUGGAUAAAGAAAAAGGUGUCGCCUCAGGCAUUUCGUGAGAGAUAG